CCCCUAAUAGAAAUACUCUUUCGUGAUUGGUGGGUUUGUCCAUUUAAAAUCAGUCGUCAUCGUUGUAAAUGCCAUUAAAGAAAGAGCACCCGUACCUUUAACGGAGCCAUAACUUAGAGGAACAUGGCUGAGCCCGGUGAGGACCACACAGACACGGACCAGCUUGACUCUAAACCUUGGUUCAGCAAGAGGUCACCUGCUGAUCAGCCAAAUGCCGUCUCUUCCAAUGCCUGCGUAAUAAAACGAGACCCCGACCCUUACCGCUACAGCAUGGACUACCCCGACAUGGGAAUCUGCUUGAUCAUUAACAACAAAAACUUUGAGAAGAACACCAACAUGGGAUCUCGAACCGGUACAGACAAAGACGCUGGUAAUGCUUUUAAGACUUUUACGAAGCUAGGCUACAAAACCAAAAUAUACAACGACCAGACUAUGGACCAGAUGAAAGAGCUGUUUCGCAAAAUGUCCAGUCAAGACCACAGUAAGUAUGCCUCCUUCGCCUGUGUGAUCCUCAGCCAUGGAGAAGAAGGGGUGAUCUACGGAACCGAUGGUCCGGUCCUGUUCGACAAGCUUAUAGAAGGCAUGAAGGGAAACGGCUGCAGGACUCUUGUGGGAAAGCCAAAGCUCUUCUUCAUUCAGGCGUGCCGCGGUUCACUCUUCGAUGAGGGCUUAGAAAUAGAGCAUGAUGCCAGAGAAGACGAAUCAGAGAAGAUUCCCCUGGAGGCCGACUUCCUGUACGCCUACUCCACCACCCCAGGUUAUUACUCCUGGAGAAGCACCGCCAACGGCUCCUGGUUCAUCCAGUCGCUGUGUGAGAUGCUGGAGAAGUUCAGUAAAACUCUGGACCUUAUGCGGAUUAUGACUCGAGUGAACUACAAGGUGGCGAUGCAAUUCGAGUCUUCUUCCAGCAUGCCUGGAUUUAGCGGCAAGAAGCAGAUCCCCUGUAUCGUUUCCAUGUUGACCAAAGACUUUUACUUUCCUAUCGAGUCCAAAUAACGCCUGCUGUUGUAGACAAGGUCAAACAGAAACACAGUAAUGGGAGUUUGAAGGGGUUGUAGUUGUAGGGAAGUCCUGAUUCGAUUCCGAGUCAUUUGAUUUUGGGGAUCUCCUGAGUCCCGAUCCAAUACUUUUAUGAAACAGUUUGAAAUUACAAAUGUAAAAUAAACAGCUUAUUUGUUCAUUUAAAACUUAAA